CGGAAGCGGAGGGAGAUGGCGGGAGCGUGGGGGAGGAUCGGGGCCCUCAGCGGCGCCGCCGCGGUGGGCGCGGCCUCCUACGGGGCUCACGGGCUCCGCCGCAGCGACAGGGACGAGUACCAGAAGGAGCUCUACGAGACGGCGAACCGGUUCCACCUCCUGCACAGCCUGGCGCUGCUGGCCGCCCCCCACUGCCGCCGCCCCGCCCUGGCCGGGUCCCUGCUCUGCGCCGGGAUCGGGCUCUUCUGCCUCCCCCUCUACUACCACGGGCUGAGCGGGGACCCCGGCCUCAACCGCGCCGCCCCCCUCGGGGGGACCCUCCUCAUCCUCGGCUGGGGGGCCAUGGCCCUCUGAGGGCCCCCGGGGGGACCCCCACGUCCCCCCCCCGGAGGGGGCCCCGGCCUCCGGGCCCGGCAGCGGAGGGACGCCGUGGGACCCCCCCUCCCCCCCCCCCGACCUCCGGACCCCACCCCCCGCGGCGCCCCUUCCCCUUUAAGAGGUGGAGCUUCCCCGCAGCCCACCCCUCCUCCCCCAUUGGUCGAGCUCCUGGCCAAUAGGGGUGGAGGACCGCACUGUGAGCCAGCCCUGAUUGGGCCCUUGUGGUGAAGGCAGCAGCCAAUGAGAAACGGGUGGCUCUCUCCCGGUUUCUGAUUGGCUGCGGUAAAACCCUCCUGAGCUAUGGGGAUGCUGGAGCUUGCUGACGUCGUGGCUGUUGCUGGGCGACAGCCAAUGGCUGGGUGGCUCCGCCUCUUCCCCCUCCCCUUUGGCUGGGUGAGCAGCCAAUCAGAGGGAAGGAGCCAGCAGCAUCGUGCAAGGGCAGCUGCUGAUUGGCUGCGAGGCUGCUCCUUCUGCCACACCGGCCAAUAAAUGAUUGAGUUUUG